UAAAAAUCUUCCCUUUAGCAACUACAACAAAGGGGAUUCACAUAUUAUUCUUAGAAACCAGAAUCUAUUCUCUCUCUCUGCUCCAUAUCACCCUCCGCAUCUUUCAUCAGCAACUCUAUCCUUCCCAGGUCUAUAUUUGGAUGGGUGAUGGGAAAAUUGGGUGCAUCUUGACCAAAGUUUGAAUCUUGCCUCACAAAUCUCAAUCACUUUAGGGUUGUAUUCUGCAGAGCCCAGGCGCAUUUGCUGGCGUAAAUAAUAGCUUAUUAAAAAAUUAUAUAGAUCAGGGGGGAUUGUAGAUAUUGCUGCUUUGUUUAAACAUGGUGAUGGUGGAGUCGAUCGCAACAACUUCGCUUCUCGGACACCACCCUUUGUGUGGAAGGAUUUCUGCUCGGGAUGUCUCCUGCAAACAGAAAUCUUCGACUAACUGCCGCUUUCCUUCCAAAGAAUUUAUCGGUAAAAGGAUUGUUCUCUGUCCUUUGCCAAUAUUUGGAGUUGAAAGGUUCACUGAUUCAUCCAUUAAGAGUCUUGCGAUGGAGCUUACGAAAGAGGUUCAUGCAUAUAGAGAUGAAGGGAGAAAACCGAGGAAUUGGAAUUAUCAACUUGAUACUAGUGUAGAGCGAAAGCCUGCCUUAUGGCCGCCGGAGAACAGAGCCGACAAUCCUUCGUUACAUAAUCCGUUGCUUCGACAAGAAAGGAUGGGUUGUGGUUGGUUAGGCGCUUUAUUUGAAUGGGAAGGUGUUAUAAUUGAAGAUAGCCACCAGCCCGAGAAGCAAGCCUGGCUGGCUCUUGCAGAGGAAGAAGGAAAAUCUCCUCCCCCUGCCUUUAUCCUUAGAAGAAUAGAAGGUAUGAAGAAUGAGCAAGCGAUUUCCGAGGUUUUGUGCUGGUCAAGAGACCCGGCUCAAUUAAGAAGAAUGGCUGCAAGGAAGGAAAAUAUUUACCAAGCUUUGCAAGGUGGGAUAUAUAGAUUACGUGAUGGUUCCCAAGAGUUUGUAAAUACCUUGACGCGUUAUAAGAUACCAAUGGCGUUGGUUUCUACCCGACCGAGAAAAGUUCUCGAGGCUGCAGUCCGAGCCAUCGGGAUGGAAGGGUUCUUCAGCGUCAUUGUUGCAGCAGAAGAUGUUCAUCGGGGUAAACCAGAUCCCGAAAUGUUUGUUUAUGCUGCACAGCUUCUGCAGUUCAUACCCGAGCGCUGCAUUGUGUUUGGGAACUCUAAUCAGACGGUUGAAGCUGCCCAUGAUGCGCGGAUGAAGUGUGUGGCUGUUGCUAGCAAGCAUCCAGUAUAUGAGCUUGGGGCGGCAGAUUUGGUGGUGAACCAUUUACACGAGCUUUCGGUUGUUGAUCUGAAGAACCUUGCCGAUAUAGAGUCAGCUGAUUUUGGUUCCGAAGAGCCUGAGUUGGAGAUGGAAGAAGAAGAGUAUCGGCCAUCGGCCUCGAUUGCAGUAGAUGAUAUCUUCUGGUAAUCCUCAAAAGAACUGUACAUUCAUAUGAUUCCUGGCGGUAAGGGUCAUAGUGGCCCUGAUAUGUAUAAAAAAGAAAGGGAAAGUAGGAAAUGGGGAAGGUGGUCUGCAUUGGACUACUUUUAA